AUGGAUCGUAAGCCUGAAGUUCUGUGUUUCUCUACAGAUAGUGUCGAGGAUGAGCUGGAGCUGUCUGCUGUGCGACAUCGACCAGAAGUUUUGGAGCAGCUGGAGGCUCAAACGCGUUUCUCACGCAAAGAGCUUCAAAUCCUCUAUCGGGGCUUUAAGAAUGAAUGCCCCAGCGGUGUGGUCAAUGAAGACACAUUUAAGGAAAUUUACUCUCAGUUCUUUCCACAGGGAGAUGCAUCAACUUAUGCACAUUUUCUGUUCGAUGCGUUCGACACAGAUCACAAUGGCUCUGUCAGUUUUGAGGAAAUGUUAGAUAUCAUAAAGUCCAUCUAUGACAUGAUGGGGAAAUGCACAUAUCCCAUGCUUAAAGAGGAAACUCCACGACAGCAUGUGGAGAUAUUUUUCCAGAAAAUGGACAAAAACAGGGAUGGAGUGGUCACUAUAGAUGAAUUUAUAGACUGCUGUCAAAACGAUGAGAACAUCAUGAAAUCAAUGCAGCUUUUUGAGAACGUCAUUUAACAUCUGAAUGGACUCUGUUGGCGGGCCAGCUCAUAUAACCACCUUUAUACUCCACAAACCCUACGUCCUCAAUGAUACAGUACACAUCUGAUUACUAGCAGUGCUUUACCCAUAAACCAAAAUGAACAGCAUU